CAUACUACCGGAGUAUAUAGGUUACGAUAAUAACCAGAUGGAUAAGUCAAUUGAAGGUCGCAUCGUUGGUGGUGUCCCGGCCGAAGAGGGUGCGGCACCUUAUCAAGUGUUGAUAAAAACUAUUUGGGACUCUCAUGUCUGUGGCGGUGCUAUCAUCUCGGAUCGGUGGAUAUUGACCGCCGGUCAUUGUAUGCAGGAUUUUCCAAUUGAAUCAUUGCUCGUGGUUGUGGGCACAAAUAUUUGGAGCAAACCGGGUGCCACAUAUCGGCCCGAACUCGCCUACAUACACUGUCGCCAUGAUAUGCCAAUUUACCAGAAUGACAUCGCUGUUGUACGCCUCAAUGCCACUAUACAAUUCAAUAAUGUAACACAACCCAUUGAGAUGUAUACGAAUACACUUAAAGCUGGCGAUCAAGUGACAAUGACUGGCUGGGGAAGCCCCAAACUCAACUGGCCCAAUACAGAUGUGUUACAAAUACAAAAUUUCACUAUUAUUUCCAGGCAGGAAUGCUUGCAACGUUGGGAUAAUCAUGAAGGUGUUGGCUAUGGACAUAUUUGCACGUUUACUAGAUCGGGAGAGGGUGCUUGCAAUGGCGACUCGGGUGGGCCGAUAGUGUACGAAGGAAAAUUGGUAGGCCUGGUUAAUUGGGGUGCGCCAUGUGCAAUGGGAAAGCCAGAUAUGCAUGCGAGUGUGAUCUACUAUCGCGACUUUAUCGAGCGUUCGCUGGCGCAGUGCUCAAGACAUGAAGGGCGCGUAGUUGGCGGUGAAAAUGCUGACCUCGGAUUCGCUCCGUAUCAGGCGUCUUUGCAGAGUAUGUUUGGCGAUCUUAUGUGUGGUGGCGUCGUCAUCGACAAGCAAUGGGUACUAACAGCAGCACAUUGCGUCUACGGUUACAAUCCGCCCUACUUGCGUGUUAUUACCGGUACAGUAGAAUGGCGGCAACCUCGCGACAUUUACUUCCCUGACGAGUAUUACACACACUGCAACUACAACAAUCCGAAUUAUCACAAUGACAUAGCACUCAUACAUGUCAACGACACAAUUCGUUUCGAUGAAUACACACAGGCCAUACCGCUUGCCACGAAGCCAUUAGAGGAUGGUGCAGAGACUAUACUUACCGGUUGGGGAAGGACUGUUGCCAAUGGUCCAAUUCCGGAAAUAUUACAGAAAGUAACACUACGUGCUAUCAGUCACAGGCGUUGCUUAGACGAGUAUGAUGGCGAUGAGAUGGUGGACGUUGGCCAUGUUUGCACAUUAACGAAGGAAGGUGAGGGUUCAUGCAAUGGGGACUCUGGUGGUCCGUUGACUAGCGAUGGUGAACUGGUUGGAUUGGUCAACUGGGGAAUGCCUUGUGCGCUGGGCAGCCCAGAUGCAUAUGCGAGUGUUUAUUUUUAUAGAGAUUGGAUACGGCGUGUAACGUCAGGAACAUGCAAGAACUGUCACUGCGAAGAGAGUAAUUACCCUUUCUAGCUAGUAAUGUUAA